UCCCUGGUCCAGUCCAGGAAAGCAGGAAUCACGUCCGCGCUGGCCUCCAGCACAUUGAACAACGAGGAGCUGAAAAACCAUGUUUACAAGAAGACCCUGCAAGCCUUAGUGUACCCCAUCUCCUGCACAACGCCCCAUAACUUCGAGGUGUGGACGGCCACCACCCCCACCUACUGCUACGAGUGCGAGGGGCUGCUCUGGGGCAUCGCCCGGCAGGGCAUGCGCUGUGCCGAGUGCGGCGUCAAGUGUCACGAGAAGUGCCAGGACCUGCUCAACGCUGACUGCCUGCAGAGGGCAGCAGAGAAAAGCUCCAAGCAUGGAGCAGAGGACCGGACCCAGAAUAUCAUCAUGGUGCUCAAGGACCGCAUGAAGAUCCGGGAGCGCAAUAAGCCGGAGAUAUUUGAGCUGAUCCAGGAGGUGUUUGGGGUCACCAAGACCACGCACACACAGCAGAUGAAGGCAGUGAAGCAGAGUGUCCUGGACGGCACCUCCAAAUGGUCAGCCAAGAUCAGCAUCACAGUCGUUUGUGCCCAGGGCCUGCAAGCAAAGGAUAAGACAGGUUCCAGUGACCCGUAUGUCACUGUCCAGGUUGGAAAGACAAAAAAAAGGACUAAAACUAUCUACGGCAAUCUCAACCCGGUCUGGGAGGAGAAUUUCCAUUUCGAGUGUCAUAACUCCUCCGACCGCAUCAAGGUCCGCGUCUGGGAUGAAGAUGAUGACAUCAAGUCCCGUGUCAAGCAGCGCUUCAAGAGGGAGUCUGAUGACUUUCUAGGCCAGACGAUCAUCGAGGUCCGGACGCUGAGUGGGGAGAUGGACGUCUGGUACAACCUUGACAAGCGAACAGACAAGUCGGCUGUGUCAGGAGCCAUCCGGCUCCACAUCAGCGUGGAGAUCAAAGGCGAGGAGAAGGUGGCUCCCUACCACGUCCAGUACACCUGCCUGCACGAGAACCUGUUCCACUUUGUGACGGAUUUGCAAAACAACGGGGUGGUGAAGAUCCCCGAUGCCAAGGGGGACGAUGCCUGGAAGGUGUACUUUGACGAGACGGCGCAGGAGAUUGUGGACGAGUUUGCCAUGCGCUACGGGGUGGAGUCCAUCUAUCAAGCCAUGACGCAUUUCGCCUGCCUUUCCUCCAAGUACAUGUGUCCGGGGGUGCCAGCGGUGAUGAGUACCUUGCUAGCCAACAUCAACGCCUACUAUGCCCACACCACGGCUUCCACCAACGUCUCAGCCUCUGAUCGCUUUGCCGCUUCCAAUUUCGGGAAGGAGCGGUUCGUCAAACUCCUCGACCAGCUGCACAACUCGCUGCGGAUCGACCUCUCCAUGUACCGGAACAAUUUCCCUGCCAGCAGUCCCGAACGGCUGCAGGAUCUCAAGUCCACGGUGGAUUUGCUGACUAGCAUCACCUUCUUUCGGAUGAAGGUCCAGGAGCUGCAGAGCCCCCCGCGAGCCAGCCAGGUGGUGAAGGACUGCGUGAAAGCCUGCCUCAACUCCACCUACGAGUACAUCUUCAACAACUGUCACGAGCUGUAUAGUCGCGAGUACCAGACAGACCCGACUAAGAAAGGCGAGGUGCCUCCUGAGGAGCAGGGCCCCAGCAUCAAAAACCUGGACUUCUGGUCCAAGCUCAUCACCCUGAUAGUCUCCAUUAUUGAGGAGGACAAGAACUCCUACACGCCCUGCCUGAACCAGUUCCCCCAGGAACUGAAUGUGGGGAAGAUCAGUGCCGAGGUGAUGUGGAACCUCUUUGCUCAGGACAUGAAGUACGCGAUGGAGGAGCACGACAAGCACCGCCUGUGCAAGAGCGCGGACUACAUGAACCUGCACUUCAAGGUGAAGUGGUUGUACAAUGAGUACGUCACCGAGCUGCCCUCUUUCAAGAGCCGCGUGCCCGAGUACCCCACCUGGUUCGAGCCCUUCGUUAUCCAGUGGCUGGAUGAGAAUGAAGAGGUGUCGAGGGAUUUCCUGCAUGGAGCCCUGGAGCGUGACAAGAAGGAUGGGUUCCAGCAGACGUCGGAGCACGCGCUCUUCUCUUGCUCCGUCGUGGAUGUCUUCUCCCAGCUCAACCAGAGCUUUGAGAUCAUCAAGAAGCUCGAGUGCCCUGACCCCCAGAUUGUUGGGCACUACAUGCGAAGGUUUGCCAAGACCAUCAGCAAUGUGCUACUCCAGUAUGCCGAGAUCAUCUCCAAGGAUUUUGCCUCGUACUGCUCCAAGGAGAAGGAGAAAGUGCCCUGCAUCCUGAUGAACAACAUCCAGCAGCUCCGCGUCCAGCUUGAGAAGAUGUUUGAAGCCAUGGGUGGGAAGGAGCUGGACACAGAAGCCAGCGAUAUCCUCAAGGAACUGCAGGUGAAACUCAACAAUGUCCUGGACGAGCUGAGCCGAGUCUUUGCUACCAGCUUCCAGCCACACAUCGAGGAAUGCGUGAAGCAGAUGGGUGACAUCCUGGGCCAGGUGAAGGGCACUGGCAACGUCCCCGCCAGCGCCUGCAGCAGCGUUGCGCAGGAUGCUGACAAUGUCCUGCAGCCCAUCAUGGACCUCCUGGACAGCAACCUGACGCUCUUUGCCAAGAUCUGUGAGAAGACGGUGCUGAAGCGGGUGCUGAAGGAGCUCUGGAAGCUCGUGAUGAACACGAUGGAGAAGACCAUUGUCCUGCCCCCGCUCACUGACCAGACG